AUGGUUGCCCAAGCAGACUGUGAUGACAAGACUUCACCAACUGAAAUAAAUUAUUCAAAUUCGUGUAAUGAACAUUCGACCUUACGUAAUGAACCUUCGACUUCGUGUAAUGAACCUUCGACGUCAUAUAUUGAACCUUCGACCUCAUAUAAUGAACCUUCCACCGCAUAUAAUGAACCCACGACAUCGUUCAAAAAUAUUGAGAUUUCAUUGCCUAUCGGAGAAAGCAAUAAACGAUGUGUAAGAACAAGAGGUGGACAUGUUGGAAAAAGUUCCAGGACCGGAAAAAUAUUGAAACAAAACUCAGAAACAGAAACAGAUGUAGCUGGCCAAGGGAAAAGACGAAGAGUUAGAACUAGAGGAGGUUCUGCAUCUUCUAUCACUCACCAGUUAAGAACUGGUCGUGACUUGUGUCAAAUAUAUAGUGUACAAGUGCCUAUUGAGGAGGAGCUUUCGGCAAUAUUAAAUGAUAAUGAUGAGCGAGAUAAUUGCGCAAGGGCCCAAUUUCAGGCGCAAGAACUUUCAGAUAAACAACUUCUGGACAUACUUGAAGCUUCUGAUGACAAUUUCGAUGAUGAGGUUCUAGAUGAAAAUUUUCUUAACAAUUUUGAUGAUUCUGAUUCAGAUGAUGAUAAUAUGAUACCAACUGAAACCUUCGCACCUCCAACUAGUGAUGGUGAGUGUUUAAAUUGGUCGGACCAAAUAUCCCACAUAAAAGAUAUUGCUUUUAUAGGAAACCCAAUGGGGUUAAAUGUACAACUAGAAGCAACUGAACCUAUCAACUUUUUUAAUUUAAUUAUGACAGAUUACGUAAUUCAGGACAUCAUUGAUAAAACCAAUCGUAAUGCAAGCAAUAUCCUUGCAAAAAGUUUACCCGGAAGUCGAAUACACUACUGGAAAAAUGUAACAGUUUCAGAAUUCAAAAUAUUUUUGGGGCUACUUUUCCAUAUGGGUACAAUAAAAUUAAAUAGAAUACAAGAUUAUUGGAAGAAGCACAGACUAUUCAACCUGACCUGUUUUAGUGAGCACAUGAGUCGAAAUCGUUUUUUACUAAUUCUAAGAGCAAUGCACUUUGAAAAUAUAGAAUCAGAUGAUAACAGAUUAGCGAAAAUUUCACCUUUGGUUAUGUUUUUCAAUAAUAGGAUGACAGAAAUAUACAACCCUGUACAGAAUUUAUGUAUUGAUGAGUCCCUUGUAUUGUGGCGCGGUCGACUAAUAUUCAGACAAUACAUAAAGAAUAAAAGCCAGAAAUAUGGUAUAAAAUUAUAUAUUUUGACUGAUGCAAACGGAAUAAUACUAAAACAAAUAGUGUAUGCCGGCGCAGGAGACCCAAUUGUAGGUGGCGUGAAUCAUUCCUCAAAAGUAGUUUUACAGCUAUUACAUGAUUUUUUGAAUAAAGGCUACUCUGUUUUUAUGGACAACUUUUAUAAUUCUGUUGAUCUGACAGAAAAAUUAUUAUCUGAAAAUACUUACUGCACCGGAACUUUACGAUUAAAUCGAAAAAAUAACCCAAAGUACAUUACUACUAAAAAGUUAAAGAAAGGCGAAUGUGUCUCGCAGUUCAACCAAAAUGGCGUUUGUGUCAUGAAAUGGCGGGAUAACAGAGACGUCACUAUGAUAUCAUCACAAUUUAAUUCGCAAAUGAUUACUACCACUACAAGAAGAAAUACAGAGGUCUCAAAGCCUAAAAUGGUUGUAGAAUAUAAUCGUAACAUGGGUGGUAUUGAUCACCAAGAUCAAAUGAUAGCGUACUAUUGCUGCGAACAUAAGUCUAUCAGGUGGUACAUAAAAUUGGGAAUCCACCUGUUGCAACAAAUGAUGUACAAUUCAUUUACUUUAUCUAAUUUGUUUUCUGGCAAAAAACUAAGUUACUACGAAUUCAGGCAAUCAGUUAUAGAAAAUUUACUUCCCGAGGCUAAGGUCCAAAAAACUGGAGAGGUCUCAGAAGAAGGGGUUAUACUUAAUAUUGUUCAUAUAAUUCAGCCUUGCCCACGGAAAGGAAAAUCAAUGCGCAGAAGAUGCAAAUAUUGCUGGGAAGUCAAUAAAAUACGUAAAGAUACACCAUUCUACUGUCCAAAUUGCCCUCAGCAGCCUGGAUUUUGUAUUGUUGAUUGUUUUAGAUUAUACCACAAAUAUACAUAG